UGCAGUAAACAAGCUUUAGAGUUCCCGCCACUUCCUGCUGUUGCCAGUGGCGGAAACACCAGUGUGCGUGUGUGUAAUGUGUGUGUGUGUGUGUGAGCUGCAUGGAUGGGUUCAGGAUUGACCGGCUUUAUUGUCUCUUAUCUGUAAAUAUCUCCUCACGGAAAAUCUGAGGCGCGAAUUAAGAGUUAUCUUCGCGCGCAAAUAAUGGUCGCGCACAUGGCCGAUUAUGCAGAAACAAACCACGCGACCGACGGGAAUGGAGACAUUUCACCAUCAGACCUGAAGGAUCGUCCUGCUGAAAGCUCCCACAGCAGUUCAGACAGCACAUCAGCAGAGGAGAGCUCGGAGGAAGACGAGACUCAGGAGGAGGAUGAGGACAGAGAGUCAGACUCCAAACACGAAGCCAGGGCUGAAAAUCACAGUGAUGAGCCGCUCGCGUCCUGCUGUGAGAAGUGUAGAGCUCUUAAGAACCCCAAAUAUGAGCUGGUCACCCCCAGGAAAAUGUCCAAAGAGCGGCUGCAGCUCCAGCUGGACGCUGAGGGCGUGUACGAGUGUUCAGACACUGGACUGGUGUUUGAGGUCUCCCAGCGGGUCAAGAUCACCUAUUGCGUCCUGUCCUGGAGCAGAUUCAGCACAUACCUGACCGGGUCAUGGAAAUUUGCCGGACCCAUAUUUGAUGUGGACUGCGACCCGGCUAUCCUCAAAUCCAUCCAGUUCCCGCAUUCACUGUGUCUCGCAGCGGAUAAAGACAACGAGGUGAACUUCAGCGUUCUGCAUGUGAAGAACAGUCGGGGUCUGAUCGAGCCAUCCAGCGAUCACUCCGGGAGUCACGUAAAGUGGACGGUGUCGUCUCUGUCCCCCGUGGGUCCCGUCGUUCAGACCUCCAGAUCUGCAGAGCAUCAUGGGGUGGUGCAGGUCUUCAGAGAGCUGGGUCUGGAGAGCUCGUCCUUCUCCUUCAGAGUUUACCUGGCCAGAAACAUCUGCUCUGACAUCAAGGACAUCAGGAAGGCCGUUCGGAGGGCAAACAACUGUAAGAACAACAAAAAGUACAUUUUAGUUGACAAACCACCAACAUGCAUGCUGGAGGAGAACAGAAAGUACCGUCUGAUCAGCGAACCCGUGGGUCACAUCACACCAGAGGACAUGCUCUUCACUCCUGACAGUGUGGAGGUGAAGGGAUACAUUGAGGUCUUCUUUGAGGACAGCCCUCCAUUUAAACUCUCCCUGACGGAUGCAGACUCGGGUCAGACUGUAUGGACGUCCACUAUCAGAGAGGGAGACUGUACACAUCAUGUGGAGGAAAUUCCCAAAAGACCAUCGAAAGGCACAAAGAGACACAGCAGCACCUCAGACGAUGAGCUCUGCUACAAGCGCAGCAAGAAAACUCAUGCUGUGGAUGAGCCUGACUGUAACGCGGCGGCUGUGGCUGCGGCUCCAGCUCUGACCGAUCAGCAGCUGAUGCGAGUGGCCAAACACAUGGGGAAGGAGUGGAAGAUCGUGGCCAUCAGCUAUCUGGGCUUCAGCAACCAGAACCUGGAGGAAAUGGAGGCGGCGGAGGAGAACGCCACCAUGCUGAAGUUCACCAUGCUGGAGCGCUGGAGGCGCCGGCAGCCCAAGGGGAAAGCUGGAGUUCAGGAGCUGCACAACAGUCUCAAAGACAAUGACGACGUGCCCAAUGAAGUCAUCGCUGUGCUGGACGAGAUGCUUCACAGUAAUUGACCCGCAUGAAGCUGUGAGACGAGCAUGUGGACGUCUUGGAUAUGUCUUUCAACCACUAUUAGAGAGCCACGAAGAGGUCCUGCAAUAAAAGGCCAGUCAGCUUUAACACAGGCGUCUGCUGCGUUCGCCGGUUUACAAACCUCUCCACAAAUCUGAGCUCUGUUUACUGAUUAUCUGUUUACUGCUCUGUUUACUGAUUACUGAUUUUGUUGGUAUGUUGAUCUUUGUGUUUAGCUUUUAUUAUUAUUUUUAUAGAUGUUGUACAUAUUGUAAGUACUAUUUGUUGAAUAACGAGCCACGAUCAGAAUCAGUUUUUAUGAAACUGGUUUGAUAUUUUGGUGCAUUUUCUGACGGUUGUGGUAAAACUAGAUAUUAAAUAUCAUGAUAUUCAUGUAAAAUCUCUGAUCCACACUUGAGAAUCUACAGUAACUUGUAGAUGAACGUCCAGUGGUCAAACACACCGCACUGUGUAAGAAUAUUGUCUGGACGUGUGUUUUCUCUUUUCUGAUGUGCUGUCUCAGGGGACGUUUGGAGGAAUCUGAUUCACCUUUCUUUAACUGAAUAAAUCAGGGAAAUGAAUGAAAA